UAAUGAUCAAGAGCGGGCGGGACUACUCAUCGUGACGUUUUUCCAAGAUGGCGCCGCCCAGAGUCGGAGGGGGAAGCGCGGGGGGAGAUUUCACCGUCAUCCCGCUGCGGUUCUCCAACAGGAGCCGAGCCUCCCGCCAUCUCUUUGUGAAGCUGCACCGGGUCCGUGACACUGCUGAUCAGAGCCGCCCCCGGGACCGGACCCUGUUUGUCCUCAACCUGCCCCCGUACAUCAGCCAGGAGUGUGUGCACAGGUUGUUUUCACAAUGUGGACCCGUGGCCUCAGUGGAACUGCAGGAAAAGCCAGGCCCAAGCAACAAAUCAGAGACACCAAAAUCAAAGUUCUUCCCUGGCCGGUCUGUACAGGGUUUCCGAGUGGCCUACGUGGUGUUUAGGAGCCCGGCCGGAGUGAAAGCUGCUGUGUCCUCGAAACCCCGAGAACCCUGGGUCUUGUCUACGAAUGAGCACCCUGUCGAAACAGGCCUUCAGAAAUGGAUCCAGGAUUAUUCCUCCAGUAUCAUUGACGCGGGGGAGCUGCAGACUGAGAUCGACCAGUUCAUGAAGCAACACGACCAGAAGGUGGCGGAGUUGGAGGCCCUGGAAGAGGCUGAAGAUGGCGUCCCAGACGAGGAUGGCUGGGUGAAGGUGACCAGGAAGGGCCGGCGUCCAGGAAUUCCCCGGACUGAGGCGGGAAACCUGCGGCUGAUCCAACGGGAGAAACGCAAACGUGCUCAGAAAGAACUGCUGAACUUCUACAGCUGGCAACACCGAGAAACAAAACGGGAACAUAUCGCUCUGCUUCGGAAGAAAUUUGAAGAGGAUAAACAGAAGAUUGCUCUGCUGAGGGCCGAGCGCAAAUUCAAACCUUUUUGAAGCCCCCUUGGCCUGUAGGAGCUGGACUGGACGGGAGACUCAAUCCGGGGUUAGGGCAGCGAGAGGGAUUUGAUCCUGAGGGAGGGGGGUGACAAGCGGAA